CUCUCUCUCCCUAAUUCACUAUUUCCUUCUUUGCUUUGGAAUUUAUUGGAAUUAUAAUUAUUAUUAUUAUUAUCAUCACUAGCUUAGCUUUUUAUUUAUUUUUAUUGAUAAGUUCAAGGACUUUCUUUUCUUCCAUUUUCUAUUAGCUUUUAGCUUAGUUUUCUAAGACCAUUAUGGCAGAGGAAGAGGCCAAGAAGAUAGAAUCCGAAUCUCCGUCGGAGCCUCCACCAGCUCCGGCUCCGGCUCCGGAAGAGAAGCCCAUCCCCGAAGAAGCUCCCAAAGAUGAAACCCAGGAGAAAGCUGUGAUUCCACCACCUCCUGCUGAGGACAAGCCUGAUGAGUCCAAAGCUCUUGUUGUUGUUGAGACUCUUGAGACUAAGGCAUCUGAUUCUGGCAUAGAGAAAAGUAGCAGUGAGGGUUCUAUCAACCGAGAUGCUGUGCUUGCAAGGGUUGCCACAGAGAAAAGGUUGUCUCUUAUCAAGGCAUGGGAAGAAAGUGAAAAGUCCAAGGCAGAGAACAAAGCCCAGAAGAAGUUAUCUUCCAUUGGAGCAUGGGAAAAUAGCAAGAAAGCAUCUGUGGAAGCUCAGUUGAAGAAGAUUGAGGAGGAUUUGGAGAGGAAAAAGGCAGAAUAUGUGGAAAAAUUGAAAAACAAGAUGGCUUUGAUCCACAAGGAUGCAGAGGAAAGAAAGGCAACCAUUGAGGCGAAGCGCGGAGAAGAUCUUCUCAAGGCAGAGGAGACGGCUGCAAAAUACCGCGCUACUGGAACUGCUCCAAAGAAGCUCCUUGGUUGUUUCUAAUUAUUUAUUUGUCUGUUUUCUUCUUGGCUCGCGUUCUUUUGGAUAAUUCAGAUGUUGUUGUUUUCUACAGAUGGUACAUUGGUUUCAAAUUAGUUUGUGUGCAUAAGUGUUGUAUUUGUGUGUAUAGACGUUUGGGGGGAAAAAAAAGUGUAAUUUAUUUGUGAAAGAUGACGUUUUUUCAUUGUAGUUAUUGAACUUGUGAAAGUUAUGAUGUUCAAGAUCUAGAAUUUGUUACA